AUGGGUAUCAGUCGAGAUUCCCGUCACAAACGCUCGCAUACUGGUGCCAAAAGAGCUCAGUAUCGUAAAAAAAGAAAGUUUGAGUUGGGACGACAACCUGCAAACACUAAACUUGGACAAAAACGUAUUCAUCCUGUUCGUGUUCGUGGCGGGAACUUAAAAUUCCGUGCCCUUCGUCUUGAUUCGGGUAAUUUUUCAUGGGGAUCAGAGGCAGUUGCAAGGAAAACAAGAGUCAUUGGUGUUGUUUAUAAUGCUUCAAACAAUGAGUUGGUUCGAACGAAUACAUUAGUGAAAGGAGCAGUUGUUCACAUUGAUGCCACUCCAUUUAGACAAUGGUUUGAGGCACACUAUGGUCAACCUCUUGGUCAUAGAAAAGCCAAAAAGGAAGGCGCGGUUCUGUCAGAGGAAUUGAAUAAAAAGCGAUCACGCAAUGUCCAACGAAAGCUUGACGGUCGCAAGGAAGGAGCUAAAAUUGAUCCUUUAUUAGAUGAUCAAUUUCUUACUGGUCGUUUGUUCGCCAUCUUAUCUUCACGUCCUGGACAAUCUGGUCGAU